CUUGCCUGUCUGACCAGAAAACUCAACCACUCCUCCUGGAGCUUGCUGUACCUUCACUGAUCAACUUGUCGACUGCCAUCCUUUAAAAACCUUUGCAGAGUGAAUUUGUCCUGAUGGGGACUGGGUGCUAACACAAACCCUUCACUUUGAUUGCACCCUCUUGUUGUUACUUUGUGAUGUCAUUUCAUGCAAUGAUAUCACGGGAGCUGGUGGUUACUGAAGAUUAAUGGGAAGAGAUCGGGUCACAGAGUUCUUACAAUUUUAGCUUUGUAAUGAUGACAUAUCUCUAUGGAGGGUAACAAUAGUAGAGCUCGAUACUACCAUCUUGUUCCUAAAUAUAGCAAUGGCUCCUUGGAAUCCAGUGUGUCUAAUACUGGCAUCGAGAGGCACUCAGGUGGCACAGGGCAGACUGGGCUUGGAAAUUCGGGGAACACCUGCUACAUGAACUGCAUCUUGCAGUGUCUCUGCAACACCACUCCACUGGUGGAGUAUUUCAUAACUGGAGCUUAUGCAGAUGAUCUAAACAGAGGGCGGGGAGAGCUAUCCAAUGCAUUCUCUGCUUUAGUCAUGGACAUGUGGCUUGGAGAUUGUGUUUAUAUCUUUCCUGAUGAAGUGAAGCGAGUCCUUGGCAAACUGCAUGCAUCGUUUUCUGAUGGUACACAACAGGAUGCUCAGGAACUGCUGCUUUUUUUCCUAAAUGUUCUUCACAAUGAUCUUAAGAGAUCUACAGGAAUGAGAAACAUGGAAACGUCAAUUGUUACAAAGCUGUUUCAGGGCCAGCUGAGCUAUGUCAAAUUGUGUCUAAAUUGUUACCACAAAUCUAGCCAAACUGAGAAUUUCCUGAGCCUGUCUCUGCCGAUGCCUCCUGACAACAGAUGCUCCAUUCAGGAUUGCCUUCGAUUAUUCUUUAAAGAAGAAGUUCUCAGCUCCAGGGAUCAACCUUUCUGUUCCUUUUGUGGAAGGAAGCAGGACCAGACAGAAAGUAUCCAACUGCUGAAAGCACCUGAUAUUAUUAUCAUACACCUGAAACGCUUUGAGUCUGAUGAUCAUGGCAAUAGGAAACUGACCAGUACUGUGACCUUUCCACUUGAAGAUCUAGAUCUGUCCCAAUAUACAACAAAUCCAUCAACGCAACAACUGAAGUAUCAUCUUUAUGCUGUUGUGGAAUAUUACCACUUCUACCAAGACAGGAGGCCACAUAAAGUCAAUAAAGACAUCAAUCCAUCUCAGUAUCUUCUCAAACAUUGCCAGAACAAGAUGUCCAUGUCUUACAAACUAUAUUAAAAACUGCAGAUAUCUAAAAGUGAUUACUGUACAUACAAAUUACAAACUGUCAAAACUGCUUUCGUAUGACCAUUUUAACAAAAGUUUAAUUGUUGUUCAGAGGGUGGUUCUGGACCGGAAGGGUAGAGGUCACCCAGAUCCCAAGGACAAAGGGAGAUAAAAGGAUGAAAGCAUGCACUAGGAAUUUGAUGUUGCCAUCAGGGGCUGGGCACCA